UAUUGGAAUUUUUGGUCCUAUGAAGCUGAAAUAAUUUAACUCGAAUUAGGGGCCUGGAAACGAGUUUAUUGUUUGAUCAGUUACCGUUCUAGCAAUUGAAGAAUAUACAAUAGUAUUUCCAAGUCAAAGCACUUCGAUUUUUUUUCAGACUCUGGUUGUGUACGUGCAAGUUAUCGGUACCUCGAACGAGACGGCGAACACAAAGGCCUGCGAAUGUAGCAUUAGCACGUUAGAAGGGGGCAGACGGGAGGUAAAACAAUUAUUACAAUCAUUGCUUGCACCUUUUAAGUGGCAACGUGACUUUAGAUUAGGAUAUUUUAUAUAUUUUGUCGAUAUUCUCCUACCUGGCAUGCUCACAUUUGACAAUACUCUGGAUAAGAGCGUCUGCUAAACGACUUAAAUGUAAAUGUAAUUUAGCUAGCACGCUAUAUGCGGGCCUGCUCUGAAAAUUAGAUGACUACCUAGCACAUUUCAGCUGACAUUCAAAACAAUAUUUUACAAGCAGGUUGGCAUUAUAUAAGUCAAAUUGAACUACCUAUAUAUUGGAACUUGUUUGUUAGAAGCCUGUUAAUUACUUUGAGUCCUUAUGUCUUGCCUUGAACAGGCAUAUCUGGGUAAAAAAACAUCCAAUGUAGCAUGAUCAACGACAAAACAUGUUUAUAUUCAUCACAUGCUUAACGUUAGUGUUAUAGUUGUCACCCAGACACACAGUACAGUUCACCCCUUUAUUAUCUGGAGUAUCAGCCCAGCUCAGGCACCUUGGCAGAAUGUACCCAAUGGAUCCAGAGAGGCGAAGUCACCAGAGGGAGUAUGAAGAACCAGAGCGAUGCAGUCAGCGGAGGGAGUAUGGAGAACCAGAGCGAUGCAGUCAGCGGAGGGAGUAUGGAGAACCAGAGCGAUGCUUUCAGCGGAGGGAGUAUGGAGAACCAGAGAGAUUCAGUCAGCGGAGGGAGUAUGGAGAACCAGAGCGAUGCAGUCAGCGGAGGGAGUAUGGAGAACCAGAGAGAUUCAGUCAGCGGAGGGAGUAUGGAGAACCAGAGAGAUUCAGUCAGCGGAGGGAGUAUGGAGAACCAGAGAGAUGCAGUCAGCGGAGGGAGUACAGAGAACCGAGGUCAGGGCAAUGGGACGAUGGCCUUGAGACGAGAGGUAACGGCCAGGCUAUGGCCAGAGAUCUCUACAGUGAAUACUCCAGCAUGAGGAGGACUAGAGAAGAUUGGGAGGACUAUGGUGCUUCCUCUGAUAUGAGCUACACAAUGGACCCAUCGUCCAGAGACUGGAGCGAAGGCUCAUUGAGGGGUAGUGGUGCUCCCUUCUCACCAGACACAGAUGGGGACGUUGAUGGAGAUCCUGUGGAGCUCAGUGUGGAGGACCUGGAGCUCCUUCAGAACAGGAUGGAGAUCAUCGAGGAACAGAUGGCCCUUAAAAAAGCUGUUCUUGCCAUGGAAUUGGUUGGGCCUGAAUCAAAGGCCAUCUGUAAACAGAAGACGAAGGACAAGGACCUUGAAGUGUUAACAACAAAUGUUUCCAAUAACGAUGUUACUCUUAAAGAGAGGGUGAAUUGCAUUUUGAGAAAGCGGGCAUGGACCAAUGAAUGUCGCUCAAAGGAGGCUGCCAACCAGAAGGUCCCUCCCAAGCUUGUUCUCCAUCCGCCCAAAGUGGUCAAAAGCUUUGUGGAACGGAUGAACGAGUCCAUCCUGCACAAAGACAGCAGAUUGAAGGGCAGCCUUACCCUGGACGUCCAUGAAGAGGAGCAUCCUCUGAAACUCAAAGUGGAGGCUUUAUUGGCACAGCGACACAAUCCCACGGUGAAUAAGGAGGACAAAGCAGCCAAGGGCUUCCAGCACUUCCUCGAUGUCCUCCACAAAGGGGUGGACAUCGACAGGCUCUCAAAGAUUGUCAACAAUUCCAAGGAUUUACCCUCUGUGGGAGAGGAGCUGCCACAAGGUCAGCCGCCUCCACUUCAUGGCCAGCCCGAGACCAACUCUAAGAGUGAGAGGACGGUGCCCUCUCGCAAAAGGCGCUCCCGAUUUGAUGAGUUCCCACAAGGUUCAAACAGUCAAAAGACUGUUGGGCUGGAUCUGGGGGUGGAGGAGUUGGGCCGACUGAACAACAGAAUCCAGGAGAGGCUGUAUGGGAAGAAGAGAGACCUGGGGAAGAAGGGGGGCAAGAAAGAAAGCGUGUGGGGGGUUGAGAAAGAGGAGAGCAAGAAGGGCAAAGAAGAGAGUGAGAAAGAUAAACAGAAGGAGAAAGAGGAGAGCGAGGAAGAUAAACAGAAGGAGAAAGAGGAGAGCGAGGAAGAUAAACAGGAGAAAGAGGAGAGCGAGGAAGAUAAACAGAAGGAGAAAGAGGAGAGCGAGGAAGAUAAAGAGAAGGAGAAAGAGAAAGAUAAACAGAAGGAGAAAGAGGAGAGAGAGAAAGAUAAACAGAAGGAGAAAGAGGAGAGCAAGAAAGAUAAAGAGGAGAGCGCAUGCUCAAGUAAAUGUCACAGUAUUACCUUGUUAUCAGAUGGCUCCAACUCCAGCCCUCCUUGCCAUCGGUGGACCGCAAAAUACAAAUGCUCUAGCACCAGAGACCAGGACCGAGACAGUGACAGGGGCAGAUCUGAGAGAGACAGAGACAGACGCUCAAGCACCAGAGACCAGGACCGAGACAGAGACAGAGACAGGGGCAGAUCUGAGAGAGACAGAGACAGACGCUCAAGCACCAGAGACCAGGACAGAGAGAGAUACAGAGACAGGGGCAGAUCUGAGAGAGACAGAGACAGGGGCAGAUCUGAGAGAGACAGAGACAGGGGCAGAUCUGAGAGAGACAGAGACAGACGCUCAAGCACCAGAGACAAGGACAGAGACAGGGGCAGAUCUGAGAGAGACAGAGACAGGGGCAGAUCUGAGAGAGACAGAGACAGACGCUCAAGCACCAGAGACCAGGACAGAGACUGGGGCAGAUCUGAGAGAGACAGAGACAGACGCUCAAGCACCAGAGACCAGGACAGAGAGAGAUACAGAGACAGACGCUCAAGCACCAGAGACCAGGACAGAGAGAGAUACAGAGACAGACGCUCAAGCACCAGAGACCAGGACAGAGAGAGAGACGGGAGCAGAUCUGAGAGAGACAAGGACAGAGAGAGAUGGUGGGAACGAGACAAAGAGUGGGAUGGGGACAAGGAAAGCUUCCGGGGGCUUUACCCAUACUCCAACAAUCCUACACACCCUCCUGCAUCUUUGAUGGCAACCGACCCAGUGCAGUACUCUCAGUACAUGGCAUACCACGGCAGCCCCUACGCCAGCGCCUUCCCUCCAGGGUGUAGCUUUCCCCCUGGUACCGUGUUCCCUAGUACCAUGCCCCCGAGUACCGUGCUCCCUGGCACAGUGCCCCUCCCUAACCCCCUUGGGUAUCCACUGUACCCCAACUGCCCACCUUCUUACUAUAGUGGCCCUUCAGAAAGAUUUUCCCAGCCAUACACACAGGCCACUGGAAACCCUCAGUUCACAAACAUGGAUGUACAAGUGCAGGACCCAUAUGCAUCCCUGAGCAUCCCUGAACGGGAAAUAGAGACUGUGUGGCCCAGACUUGUCCAUCCCAGCAUAAACCAAGACUCAAAGCCUGCCGGACUAAACCGUUUGAGUAUAAAAAAGAAACUGAAGAGGGAACGCUAUCGGACUAACUCGAUUAAUUGCAAAAACAUACAAGAAUUGAGGCAGCUUAAAGAAAUUCCUCUGGUGGCUGCCACGGAGCCCGGUACAAAGAAAGUGCCAGAAGGAGAUGCAGUCAUAGAAGGGGAGAAACUGCAUUUUGUGGUCCCUCCGGUGGCUACAACGUAUUCUUGGGGACCCUGUAGAACAGGAUUCCCAAAUAGAAAAGGUAGAAAGGGGAAAACACUGGAAGAAAAAGGUUUAUUCAACCAAGGUUUAUCCAUGAGAAACAGAGCCUAUAUGACAAGGUGGAAACAGCGUUUUGCGGAAGCGGUUGCAAAAGGCCUUGAGGUCCCCUCUGAACCAGAGCCCAAGACGGCGCCAGAAGCGAAGGACAAAUCAUUGACAGAAUGGCAGAGGCUGUUUGCAGACUCUGUGGUGAAUGUGGCUGCAACGGACCUAUCUGCCCUUUCUGAACCCGAGGCUGAGAAAAAGCCAGACUGGGAGACUGAGCAGAAAAGGACAGACGAAGAGAUGAAGGUGAAAUUAAAGAAAAAGCUUGACGAGUUCAACCUGAAGAUGAAGCAGAAAUCGAUGCAUUUAAAAGAAGUCCCAACAUAACCUGAAAGGGCGGCUGUUGUAGUGCGUCAUGAGCUCACCUCCCCUUCAAACCUGCUGCUGACCCAUCCAGACCCCGUGGACAUCCGUUGGCUAACAUUCUCUUUAUCUAAUAUACACUCACUGGCCAGUUUAUUAGGUACAUAACGGGUCGGAUCCUCCUUUUCCUCCAGAACGGCCUGAAUUGUUCGGGGCACUCUACAAGUUGUCUGAAACGUUCCACAUGGAUGCUGGUGCGAUGGCAUCACGCAGUUGCUGCAGAUUGGACGGCAAUACAUUCAUGCUGCAAACAGCCCAUUCCAUCUCAUCCCAAAGAUGCUGUACUGGUUUGAGGUCUGAGGACUGCACAGGCCACUCAAGUAAACUGAACUUGCUGUCAUGCUCCUCGAUUGUCCAGUGUUGAUGAUUAAAUGCCCACUGGAGCUGCUGCUUCUUGUUUUUAGCUGUGGAACCCGGUGUGGUCGUCUGCUGCAAUAGCCCAUCCGUGACAAGGAUCGACAAGUUGUGCAUUCUGAGAUGCUGUUCGGCACACUGCCAUUUUUUGUCUGUUUGUGGCCCGUCUGUUAGCUUACACGAUUCUUGCCAUUCUCUUUUGACCUCUCAUCAACGAGUCGUUUUCGCCAACAGGACUGCUGCAGAAUGGAGUUUUUUUGUUUGUUUGUUUGUUGCAUCAUUCGCAGGGUAGUCUAAUGGUUAGAGCGUUGGUCUAGUAACCGGAAGGUUGCAAGUUCAAACCCACGUGCUGACAAGGUACAAAUCAGUUGUUCUGCCCCUGAACAGGCAGUUAACCCACUGUUCCUAGGCCGUCAUUGAAAAUAAGUUUGAAAAUUAAAAUUUGUUCUUAAACUGACUUACCUAGUUAAAUAAAGGUAAAAUAAAUGAUCGGUUAACACUAGACACUGUUCUGCCUGAAAAGCCCAGGAAGGUGGCCAUUUCUGAGAUACAGGCGUGUCUGGCACCGACGAUCAUAACAUGCUUAAAGUCGCUUAGUUCAGUUGUUUUGUACAUUCUAACGUUCAAUGGAACAGUAUCUGAAUGCUUCAAUCCCUGUCUCCCUGCUUUAUAUAGCAAGUCACGGCCACGUGACUCAAUGUCUGUAAGAGCGAUCCAUUUUCGUAAAUGGGGUGGUGUACCAAAUUAACUGGCCGAUGAGUGAGUUGUUUUUGGGAGUAUCUGUUCUUUAUUUGACUAUUUUUUUUAUUUUUGACAACUUUUACUUUGCUACAUUUGUAAAGACAAUAAUGUUCUUUUUACUCAAUACAAUUUCCCUGACACCAAAAAGUACUCAUUACAUUUUGAAUACCAAGCAGGACAGGAAAAUGGUCCAAUUCACACACUUAUCAGAACAUUUUACAUUUACAUUUAAGUCAUUUAGCAGACGCUCUUAUCCAGAGCGACUUAAAAACAUCCCUGGUCAUCUCUACUGCCUCUGAUCUGGCGGCCUGAGUAUUAGUGUGUCCCUGGCUAUCCGUAAAUUAAGAGAACACAUUGUGCCGUCUGGUUAGCUUAAUAUAAGGAAUUAGAAAUUAUUUUACAUUUAGAUACUUAAGUAUAUUUUAGCAAUUACAUUUACUUUUGAUACUUCGGUAUCUUUAAAACCCAAUACUUUUUACGUAAGUAGUAUUUUACUGGGUGACUUUUACUUGAGUCAUUUUCUUUAAUUUUGCUCAAGUAUGACGAUUGGGUAGUUUUUCCACCACUGAUUGCAUUCUACCACCUGGAAUGUCAUUGCAUUCUACCACCAGAAUAUUUCUAGAUUUGUGCACUGAACAAAAACAUAAACGCAACAUGUGACGUGCUGAAGAAAAGAAAAAUCCAGGAAAUGUUCCAUAUGCACACAUUUGUUUACAUCUGUGUUAGUGAGCUUUUCUCCUUUGCCAAGAUAAUCCAUCCACCUGACAGUUGUGUCAUAAAGAAGCUGAUUAAACAGCAUGAUCAUUACACAGGUGCACCUUGUGCAGGGAACAAUAAACGGACACUUUAAAAUGUACAGUUUUGUCACACAACACAAUAUAUGCCAUUUGUCGCAGAUGUCUCAAGUUUUGAGGGAGAAUGCUGACUGCAGGUAUGUCCACCAGAGCUCUUGCCAGAUAAUUUAAUGUUGAUUUCUCUACCAUCUCUGUCGUUUUAGAGAAAUUGUCAGUACGUACAACCGGCCUCACAACCGCAGACCACGUGGGGGGUGCUGUGGAGCAUUUCUGUCUGUAGUGAAGCCCUUUUGUGAGGAAAAAAAAUAUUUCUGAUUGGCUGAGCCUGGUGGUGGGUGGCUCUGGCUGCCAAGUGGGUGGGCCUAUGCCCUCCAAGGCCCAACCAUGGCUACACCUCUGCCCAGUCAUGUGAAAUCCAUAAAUUAGUGCCUAAUGAACUUAUUUCCUUAUAUGAACUCUAACCCAGUAAAAACAUAGAAAUUGUUGCAUGUUGCUAUUAUAUUUUUGUUCAGUAUAAUAAUACCACCAUAGGUUUGUCUUUUGUCCAUAUCAUCUGAGGAUUCAUAUUGAAGUUUUUUUUCAGUGUACUGUAUGUUCAGAUUGCUUUUAUGGCAUGGGCCAUAAACCACAAGGUUGUUUUAGUUAUAAAAGCCAGGAAACUGUCUAACUAUUUUCAAUCCCAAGCUUAUAGAUCCUGUCCUGUUUCAUUUUGUAUAUAUUUAACUGAAUAAACUGCUUUCUUUGUA